CUUUUUUUUUUUUAAUUUGAUGAUCCCUGUAGUGUGUCGUUGAUGAUGAGCGACAUGUAUCAACAUACUUUAGAUCAAUCUCGAAAGCAGCUUUCUAUAGAUAUUAUGGCUUCUUCAGUAUUCUCUUGUGAUAAGGAAAAACACAAAAAGUUAGGGCAAUCAACAACCAACAUAAUACCUACAGACCACAGUUCCGCUAAUCAAGAGUAUGACGAUCCAGCUCGACCAUCACAUUUAGUCAACAGUUCAACAAUUCACAGUAAUGCAGCAUCUGUAGAAGCUCUCCUUAACAGAUUGGAAGCUCUUGAUUUAGAUGAAGGUUCCUCCAGUUGCAAAUCUAUUGCUGAACCAACUCCUUCUUUUCGUCUUCGAAGUCAGAUUAUAAAGUCAAGUCGAUUAGCCUUUGAUUUGCGUGAUACAAUACUCAAUGGACCUUAUAAUGAUGAAGAAUAUGAUUAUUUAUAUACUCAAACUGAAAUUCCAAUACCAAAAGGAGUGAAAGAAUUGACUAAAGAAGAAAAUGAAUUGGUAGAUAAUAUCUUACGAAAAAAUCAAAAUGGCAUGGUAUCUCAAUUCAAAACUGCUGUUGUGGAAUUCAAGGACAUAUACAAAUUAUACCCAGAAACUUGGUUGAACGACGAAAUUAUCAACUUUUAUAUGGUUCUUUUGAUGGACCGUGCAAAUAACAACAAUCAUUCAACAAAUGUCGAUUUACCUUCUAUUCACUGUUUCAAUACAUUCUUUUGCUCUUCCUUACGUGAUCAAGGUUAUGACAAAGUCAGACGAUGGACCAAAAAAGUGGAUAUAUUUAAUAAACAUUUACUUUUGAUACCUAUCAAUAAAUCUUAUCAUUGGACUUUGGGUGUAGUAGAUAUGAAGAGAAAGAAUGUCACAAUCUAUGAUUCUUUGAAUGGAAAACACCAUGGACCAACUAUCAAGCUUAUUAUGAACUAUCUCGAAUUGGAACAUAUGGACAAGAAGAAAACUCCAUUUGACGCUAGUGGUUGGAAAGGUAUCAUGGCAUCCGAUAUCCCUCAACAAGGCAAUUCCUCUGAUUGUGGUGUAUUUACUUGUACUUUUGCAGAAAGAUUGACUCGAAAUCAAGGAUUUGAUUUUUCUCAAGAUGAUAUGACCAGUAUUCGACGAAGAAUGGUAUUAGAUAUAGUACAAAAAAAGCUUAGUAUUUAAUAAAAGAAAUUCUUGUAUAUAGUAAC